AGAUGUACACUGGAAUUUAUCGUGUGUGUGGCAAUUUAACAGCUAAAAGUGUUAACCGUAGUAAUUAUGUGGAAAUAAAUUGACCGCAACAUUUUGGGGUUCGAAACGGAAAAGGCUUCGCCUAAUUAACUAUCCUUUUGCUGCAAUGGUAACGUUAACGAGAUUUGUGCUCAUCGCAACUAUUUAUGGAAUUUUCGCACAUGUAACAGCAUCACGUGUACUUGAAUUAAGAGACAGGUUCUUAGAUAUUCAUAAGGAUGGACAAUGGCUAGUAAUGAUGUAUGCACCAUGGUGUGCACAUUGUAAAAGAUUGGAACCAAUUUGGGCUAAUGUAGCACAGCAUUUGCAUUCAACUUCGAUACGGGUAGGACGAGUUGAUUGCACUCAGUUUACGAACGUAGCGCAUGCUUUCAAAGUUAAGGGAUUUCCGACCAUUAUAUUUUUAAAAGGCGAGCAAGAAUUUAUCUAUCAUGGGGAUAGGACAAGAGAUGAAAUAGUCAAGUUUGCAUUAAGAGUGAGCGGUCCACCAGUUCAAGAAAUAACAAAAACUCACAGUUUCGACACAAUUAAAAGAGAACGUGGUUUAUACUUUUUAUAUGUUGGAGAGAAAUCUGGGCUGUUAUGGGAAUUUUAUCACAAGACUGCAGAUGUGUUCCAACCGCAUGCAUUUUUCUAUCAGUCUCACCCAAAUAUUGUUAACAAACAUGCUCCUGUAGAAAAUACACCGGCAUUGUUAGUUUAUAAAGAAAAUUCACACUAUAAUUUUACUGGUCACACUAUAAAUGACAUAGAAAAAUUAAACGCGACUUUAUAUAAAUGGAUAAACGCAGAACGUUUUCCUACGUUCCCAAAAGUAACCAGAGGAAAUAUAAAUCAACUCUUUUUAACAAAUAAGAAUUUGGUUUUAGCAGUGGUGGAGGAGAAUCAAUUGGAGGAAGUACCGCCACAUAUGGUGCGAUUUAGAGACAUGGUUGAGUCUAUAAUUAAAAGUAAACGAGAAAAGUAUCACGACCAUUUUCAGUUUGGUUGGAUAGCUAGUCCUGAUCUAGUCAAUAGUAUAGCAAUGAUGGUUCUACCUUUGCCAAGUUUAAUUGUUAUUAAUACUACGACAAAUCACCAUCAUAUUCCAGAAGACGAAACAGAAAAAUUAACUCCUCAUGUCAUAGAGUUGUUCCUAGAGCAAAUUCGUAACGAAAGUGCUCCGCGAUAUGGUGGAAACAAUUGGCUAAUACAUAUUUAUAGAUCAUGGUUUGAAUUAAAAACAACUCUUAUUACGAUGUGGAUGGGUAAUCCUAUUUUGACAAUGGUCUUAUUUGGCUUACCGGCUGGGUUCUUAUCACUGAUAUGUUACGGCAUUUGUUGUCCAGAUAUUUUGGAUGCGAACGAUGAAGAAGAAGAACACUCGGGGACAAAUCAUAUGAAGAAAGACUAA